CCAACCUCAGCCCCCUUCAGCUUCCUGCAGAAAAUGGCCAAAGGGAGACGCUUCAACCCACCUUUAGACAAGGAUGGAAGAUGGUUCCCUCACAUUGGACUAAUGCAAAAGACACCAGAAUCCAUCACACGUACCAUGUUAAAAGAGUCCAAUAGUCCACGUUUAUCUCGGCAAGUGGAGGAGAAGUUACCGCCGAUCUACAAAGUGCGGGAGAAGCAAGCAGUGAAUAACAACUUCCCCUUCUCUGUACACGACAAUCGUCACAGCUCUCAGAACUCUGGAUUCUACCUCGACUCUGGCCUGGGACGUAAGAAGAUCUCCUCAGAAAAAAGGCAACACAUUUCAAGAAAUUUCAAUCUUUGGGCAUGUGACUAUGUUCCAUCUUGUCUUGAUGGCUUUUCAAAUAACCAAAUAUCAUACGUCUGUCAGGAAGCUGUGGUGGUCCCAAUUUUCAGACGCUUUCCAAGACAUUAUAAUGAGUUAUGGAACACUUUUAAAUUUAUUCCCCAGCAAAGCUAUACAGAGUAUUUGAAAAAGAAUCCAAAAGUAAGGUUCGUGAUUAACAAAAAGGCCGGUUCUCCACUGGAGCCCUAACCCUUCCAGAAGAUUCCUGAUGAGUUUUGCAAUAUUGUUAUUUCAUCACACAUUCUAAAAGUAUGUAUUUUCUGAUC